GCCCCAUGGCCGCCGACGUGUUCGCCUGCUCCCCGCGCCGGCCGCGCGGCCGCGCCCGGCCCGCGCCCCUGCGGCCGCCGCCGCCCGACGACGACGACUCGGAGCCCGACGAGGCGCCGGGCCGGGCCCCCGCGAGCGACGCGCCGCCGCCGCCGCCGCCGCCGCCGCCGCCGCGCCGCCAGCAGAUCAUCCACAGCGGCCACUUCAUGGUGUCGUCGCCGCACCGCGAGCACCCGCCCAAGAAGGGCUACGACUUCGACACGGUCAACGAGCAGACGUGCCAGACCUACAGCUUCGGCAAGACCAGCUCCUGCCACCUGUCCAUCGACGCCUCGCUCACCAAGCUCUUCGAGUGCAUGACGCUGGCCUACAGUGGGAAGUUGGUGUCUCCAAAAUGGAAGAAUUUCAAGGGCCUGAAGCUCCAGUGGAGAGACAAAAUCCGGCUCAACAACGCCAUCUGGCGGGCGUGGUACAUGCAGUAUCUGGAGAAGCGCAAGAACCCCGUGUGUCACUUUGUCACCCCUCUCGAUGGCUCUGUGGAUGUGGACGAGCACCGGCGGCCAGAGGCCAUCACCACAGAAGGGAAGUACUGGCGGAGCCGCAUCGAGAUCGUGAUCAGGGAGUACCACAAGUGGAGAACCUACUUCAAGAAAAGGCUGCAACAGCACAAGGACGAGGACCUUUCCAGCCUGGCCCAGGAUGAUGACAUGCUCUGCUGGCCCAAGCAUGGGGAUGGCUGGAAGACCCCGGUGCCCAUGGAGGAGGACCCCCUGCUGGACACGGACAUGCUCAUGUCCGAGUUCAGCGACACCCUCUUCUCCACGCUUGCGUCUCACCAGCCCGUGGCCUGGCCCAACCCGCGGGAGAUCGCACAUCUGGGAAACGCAGACAUGAUCCAGCCGGGCCUCAUCCCUCUGCAGCCUAACCUGGACUUCAUGGACACCUUCGAGCCUUUCCAGGAUCUUUUCUCUUCCAGCCGCUCCAUUUUUGGCUCCAUGCUGCCCGCACCUGCCUCCACCUCUGUGCCAGACCCCAGCAGCCCACCUGCACAGGAGAGCGUCCUCCCGGCUGUGGGCCUCCCGGACAGUCUCAUUGCGGCCCCCACAGACACCACGCUGGACCCCCCUGAGCGGCAGAGUAGUGGGCACGCGCCCCAGCCCGAGGAGCCUUUUCUCCAGGCCUCGGACUUUGGCGCCCCGGUGGCGCCGCUGAGCACGGCCCCGUCCUUCAUGCCCGUCUUCCCCUUGCCCCUGCUGUCGCCCAGCCCCGCCCCCGCCCCCGCCGUGCCGCCCGCCUUCCUUCAGACACAGAAGUUUGCGGGCGUUGGCACGUCACCCUCGGUCAUCACCCACACGGCCUCGGCCACCCUCACCCACGACGCCUCUGCCGCCAGCUUUGGCCAGAGGCCGGGCCUGGUCAUCGCCGCACGCCAGGCCGCACCCUCCCCGGCCCCCUGCGCUCUGGCGCUGUCCCCUGCCCCCCGUCCACCCACCGUGGGCCCUCCCCAGCCCCAGCUAACCUUUGUACACCCCAAACCCAUGUCCUUAACCGGGGGGAGACCUAAACAGCCCCCCAAAAUAGUGCCUGCCCCCAAGCCAGAGCCCGUGUCCUUGGUCCUGAAGAGCGCCUGCCUGGCCCCAGCCGCCUUCUCAGGACACCCCCGUGCGGUGAUCAUGACCUCGGGUCCCCUGAAGCGAGAGGCUGUGUUGGCUGCGCCCGUGUCCCAACCCAGUGUCGUCCUCACGCCCGCCACCAUCGCCAGGGCCCCUGGAGUUGCGGAAUUCCACGGCGGCAUCCUGGUGACCGAGCUCGGCCCCAGCCCGGGUGGGCCCCGGCUUUUCUCCCCGGGCACAGUGCAGGACCCCCUGGUCAAGGGCGAGCAAGCCCCCGUGGCAGGCCCCAGCCGUGACUGCACUGGCCCCGGGCAGGCCUCGCCCUGCGCCCUGGAGCAGAGUCCUGGCCCCCAGUCCCCCCAGAACAGCUGCGUGGGGAAAGCCGCCGAGCCCAAAAACGUGACUGCUCUGAAGAACCGGCAGAUGAAGCACAUCUCGGCCGAGCAGAAGAGGCGCUUCAACAUCAAGAUGGCCUUUGACACACUCAACAGCCUCAUGUCCAACAACUCCAAGCUGACCAGCAACCCCAUCACGCUGCAGAAGACGGUGGAGCACAUCACCAAGCUGCAGCAGGAGCGCAGCCAGCUGCAGGAGGAGGCGCGCCGGCUGCGCGAGGAGAUCGAGGAGCUCAACGCCACCAUCCUCUCCUGCCAGCAGCAGCUCCCGGCUACGGGCGUCCCUGUCACCUGGCGCCAGUUUGACCACAUGAAGGACAUGUUCGACGAGUAUGUGAAGAGCCGGACUCUGCAGAAUUGGAAGUUCUGGAUCUUCAGCUUCAUCAUCCAGCCGCUGUUCGAGUCCUUCAAGGGCAGCGUGUCUGGCAGCAGCCUGGACGAGCUGCACCGCUCGGCGCUCAGCUGGCUGGAACAGCGCUGCUCCCUGCCCGUCCUCAGGCCCACGGUGCUGAGCACCCUCCGGCACCUGAGCACCACCACGUCCAUCCUCACGGAGCCCUCCCUGCUGCCCGAGCAGGCGGCCGAGGCCGUCACCAGAAUUGGCCGGAAGUCGGGGGAGUCGUAGCCUCGCUCAGCCCCCGGAGUGUGAGGAGCCGCGGACGCCCCC